AUGUCGACCGUAUCUGUUUCCGAUAAAGCAUUAGAAGCUAGCUAUUACAUUGCAAAAUUAAUAGCUCGUGAAAAGAAACCUCAUACUAUUGGAGAAAAACUUUUUAAACCAGCAUGUAUGGAAAUUGUGCGAGUUAUGCUUGGACCUAAAGAGGUUCAGGAAGUGAGUAAGGUUUCACUGUCAGCUGAAACUAUUAAAAGACGUAUUGGCGACAUGUCAACAGAUAUUUUGAACACGCUUAUUUUGAAAUUGAUCGCAGCUAACAAUUUUGCUCUUCAAAUUGACGAGUCAACGGAUAUUAAAAAUCAAGCACAAUUAAUUGCAAUUGUACGUUUUGUUGACGAAGAUUGCAUAAAAGAAAAUUUUUUAUUUUGUAAAAAACUUUCCGAACGAACUACUGGAGAGGAUAUUUUUCGAGUAACUGAUGAUUUCUUCAAAAUACAUAAUCUACAAUGGAGUAACUGCAUGAGUAUUUGUACUGAUGGCGCCGCAGCAAUGACUGUUUUGUAA